UCACCUUCUUCCACAUCACCACACACGCCCUCCUCAAAAUCAAACCAAUCAUCUACCCUUUCACCCUCCACAUCACCACCACUAACACCCCCCCUCCCUCCCAACCGCCCCAACCAUGUCCUGGUUCCAAAAACCCUUCACCCUCCCCCCUCACUCCCGCGGCUCCUACCUAAUCACCGACACCAUCCUCUCCUCCCUCCCCGAGAUCAAAUCCUACAAAAUCGGCCUCCUGCAUUUGUUCAUUCAACACACCUCCUGCGGGCUUUCGUUGAACGAGAACUGGGACGAGGAUGUGCGGCAAGAUAUGAGUGAUGCGUUGGAUCGCAUCGUGCCGCGGAAACAGGGCUUGUAUAGACAUGAUUGUGAGGGACCGGAUGAUAUGCCGGCGCAUGUCAAAAGUGCGUUGGUGGGGGCUAGUGUUACGGUGCCGAUUUGUGAGGGGAGGGUGGGUUUGGGGACUUGGCAGGGGAUUUGGUAUUUGGAGUUUAGGGAUCGGGUGCAUGAGAGGAAGGUUGUGGCUACGAUUCAGGGGGAAAGGUAUGAGAAGUGACUGGGCGCGCGGACGGUAUGAAGAUGAGGUUGUGAAGUGUUUUUGAUGAUGAGACGAUCAAGGAUGACAUGACAGGAAGAAGAGUUUCGCUGCGACUGGAUUGUGGUAUCCUGACUGCGGCGACUGAGAACUGUAUUGCACUCCUAGGACCGUUGAAUUUGGACUCACGAAGGCCUUCAAUCUCCUCGCUUCAGCUCAUAAUUCUGGAUUCUUACAGCAGUCGUCUUUCCCUUUCUGCGACCACUUUGCUUGCCCGUGCUGCUGCAGUGGAGUCGCUUCGCGCGGCAUUCGCCAAUGGUCCGUAAUGUUCAGGUAGAUGAACCAACCUCGCAGAUCCGGUGGCCACUCAUCGAAGCAACACGCCGACUUGAGCCGUUACCAAGACGUAUCGACCUUCUGCUACAACUCAGACAUCAUCAGAUCUCC